AUGCCCAUUCUCAGCCUUGAGCACUCACCUAACAACCUCCUCCGUAAUAGCCUCGGGGUGAAGCAGGGAAUUCGACCAAGUAUUCUCAAGAGUCAAAUCCCUAAUAAGGUUGGUCCUAGCGAAAUCCCGUGUAACAAGCACAAGCCACCCCUAGGCAGCAUUAGAUGCCGAGUAAUCGACCAUAUUGAGCCUGACAGCAUAUCCAGCCAGCGGAGCAACAGUGACAACCAUACCAUGAUUUUCCUCGAUUAUACCGGACAGGAACUCCUGUGGAAGCUUAGUGGGACAGCGUAUUGA